CAUGAUGUAGAGUAAAACUCAAUUGGUGUGUGAACGUCGCAAUAGUUGCUAACAAACUGAUGGCCACGAAGGCAGAACAAAAGGCUUAUCAGCUAUACGGGGACAAUUAAAUUAUUCCGCUUUUAUGACGUACCAAAUGGCUGGUGUUUGUUUUGAAAUGAUAAGAUAAGCCCGCGUAAUAUCAGACCACCGAUAGACCGCGACCGAUAGUCACGCGGCACAUGCAGCCCUGCGCUCACGCGGGAAUUUCACCACAAGAUGGCCACCGGCAGCUGUCAAAGCGCACACACACAUACACACACUCGGCGUAAACGUUUGUCCAAAGAAAAACGGAGAACAAAUUUUGCGGCAUCAGAAAAAACAGUUAAAAAUCAAUAGAAAAACGCCGAAAAACUCAAUAAUACGAUACAAGCAUGUCUAUCGGUGUACCAAUUAAAGUUUUGCACGAGGCCGAGGGCCACAUAAUCACUUGUGAAACAAUUACCGGCGAGGUGUACCGCGGAAAACUAAUAGAGGCGGAGGACAACAUGAACUGCCAGAUGACCCAGAUCACGGUUACCUACCGCGAUGGACGCACCGCCAACCUGGAGAAUGUCUACAUCCGCGGCUCCAAGAUCCGAUUCCUAAUACUGCCCGACAUGCUGAAAAAUGCCCCGAUGUUCAAGAAGCAAACGGGCAAGGGAUUGGGAGGGACGGCGGGAAGGGGCAAGGCGGCCAUACUACGCGCACAGGCUCGUGGCAGAGGAAGAGGCGGGCCUCCGGGCGGCGGAAGAGGCAGUGGCGGACCGCCAGGAGCACCUGGAGGCGGCGGCGGACGUGGUGCCUGGCAAGGAGGACCCACCGGUGGUCGGGGACGCGGUGGCCUGUAGGAACUGUCUACUGAACAACGCAUUUCUAAUCUCUAAGUUGCGGGCACUGUAUUUUAUUAGCGGGCGGGUUAAACUUCUCCAGAUUUUUUGUAAAGUAUUUACUAGGCACCAAUGGCCACAAAUACAUAAGAAAAACUUGAAUUUGAAAA